UUCAUGAAAGGCACCUCACUACAAAACACCUUGCGGACCAUUUUCAUUUUAAUUAUCAACAAAAAAAAAAACUGACAGCUAAGAAGCAAGAAAGUGCUUCUUCUGAACAAAAACACAUCCUCCAUUUCCACGGUUUUGAAAGAAAGAAUUCAGGUCGAAUUGCAACUUUUUUCUUACAUACAUAUCAGUACUCACGAGUUUGGAUACUAUAAAAAUGGCAACAUGUUUUACACCUUCGAAUGCUAGAAAUUCAGCAGGGGUGCUGGCUGUUGUUGGAGGAAGAACAUUGGCUGAGAAUCACUUUAAUAGAUCAUGUUUCUUGAAAAUUCAUGAAAACAAGUAUGGAUUUUCGGGUGGCAACAGAAAGUAUGGUUUGUUUCAAGUGAAGUGUUCAGGUUCUCCCAAUUCCCACAGCAUCAGUCCGUAUCAUAAUAAGGACCCUUUUCUAGAUCUACACCCUGAGGUGUCAAUGCUUAGAGGAGAAGGAAGCAGUGCAUUGAACAGCCCGAGAACAAGAAAGGAUAUUUCAGGUGGAAAUGUUGCUGAAAGCUUGGAAGCCACGUCCACUCCAAGUAAUUACAAUGAAGCAAAGAUCAAAGUCAUUGGUGUAGGUGGUGGUGGGUCAAACGCGGUCAAUCGCAUGAUAGAGAGCUCCAUGAACGGUGUGGAGUUCUGGAUUGUUAAUACUGAUGUUCAAGCUUUGAGAAUGUCACCUGUCAUUCCUGGGAACUGUUUGCAAAUCGGUCAAGAGCUUACGCGAGGUCUUGGCGCUGGUGGUAACCCUGAGAUUGGCAUGAAUGCUGCCAAAGAAAGCAAGGAAUCAAUUCAAGAGGCUGUUUAUGGAGCUGAUAUGGUCUUUGUUACAGCUGGAAUGGGUGGAGGAACUGGCACUGGUGGAGCUCCAGUUAUUGCUGGUAUCACAAAGUCAAUGGGUAUACUGACUGUUGGUAUUGUCACAACCCCUUUCUCAUUUGAAGGACGAAGGAGGGCAGUUCAAGCGCAAGAAGGAAUUGCAGCCUUAAGAGAUAAUGUUGAUACGCUGAUAGUUAUUCCAAAUGACAAGCUGUUGACUGCAGUUUCUCAAUCUACCCCUGUAACUGAAGCAUUUAAUCUGGCUGAUGAUAUUCUUCGACAAGGUGUUCGUGGCAUUUCUGAUAUUAUUACGAUACCAGGAUUGGUGAAUGUAGACUUUGCCGAUGUUCGAGCUAUAAUGGCCAAUGCUGGUUCUUCACUUAUGGGGAUAGGAACUGCAACUGGGAAAACAAGGGCAAGAGAUGCUGCAUUAAAUGCUAUUCAGUCGCCUUUACUAGAUAUUGGUAUAGAGAGGGCUACUGGAAUUGUAUGGAACAUAACUGGUGGAAGUGAUCUGACCCUGUUUGAGGUUAAUGCUGCGGCAGAAGUUAUAUAUGACCUUGUGGACCCCACUGCUAAUUUGAUAUUUGGAGCAGUAAUAGAUCCAUCGCUCAGUGGUCAAGUAAGCAUAACGUUGAUUGCAACUGGAUUUAAGCGUCAAGAGGAAAGUGAAGGGAGGCCCGUACAGGCCAGUCAACUCACACACGGAGAUACCAUUGGUAUCAAUAGAAGAUCUUCCUCUUUCACUGAUGGUGGUUUGGUUGAGAUCCCCGAAUUCUUAAAGAAGAAAGGGCGUUCUCGCUAUCCAAGAGCUUAAUACUCAUUUCCUCAACUUCUUUAAUCCCAUACAUUUCUUCACAAUUGCAUCAAUUUUUAUGGAUACAAAUAACAUCGGUCUAGGUAUUAGGUCCCCGUUUUGCCGUUUGUUAGUAUUUUAGGUCCGUAUUGUGCAUACAGCUGUUCAUGAAAGCCAAGUACUUUCAAAACUGUUUUAAGUUGAGGCUUGUUUGUUGGCAUAUUUGAAUAAGUAGCUUGUAUUUUUGUACAGAGAAUAUAUCAGUAAUGGUCAGGGCUUAUUAUAGAUGCUUGGCUCGUUACCAUCACUUGAAGAUUAUGAUAUG